GUGCAUGUGUUUGGCCUAGCAACUGUGCCACGUGGUGCUGUUGCCAGGGAAACAAGUGUGAUCGUUGGAAGUCUACCAGAUCACACGCGUCCUUUCUAUCUGUACGUACAUGAGCAAAGAAGAAUGGCUGUGGGAGUAUUAACUCAGUAUUUGGGAUCAUGGCAAAGACCUGUAGCUUAUAUGUCCAAACAGUUGAAUGCAGUGGCCAGUGGUCUUCAACCUUGUCUGCGAGCAGUGGCCGCUACUGCCCUGUUGGUAGCAGAAGCUGACAAGCUCACAUUGGGUCUGGAACUCUAUGUGCGAGUACCCCAUGCAGUACAGACCCUAUUGGAUUACAAAGGAAAUCAUUGGUUUAGCAACAGUCGAAUGACCAAAUAUCAAGCUAUGUUAUGUGAAAAUCCAAGAGUACACCUCGAAACUGUCAAUAAUUUGAAUCCAGCUACCCUUCUGCCCCAGACUACUGAAAGUCAACAUGAUUGUUUGGAGAUAAUGGAUGAAGUGUUUUCAAGCAGGUCUGAUCUUCAUGAUUUCCCCAUCAAGAAUCCGGACAUACAGUAUUAUACGGAUGGUAGUAGUUAUGUGAAAGAAGGUAUACGUUAUGCAGGGUAUGCGGUAACAACUAUAGAUAAGGUGAUAGAAGCACGGCCACUGUCGAAAGGGACAUCAGCACAGAAGGCGGAACUGAUUGCAUUAACAAGGGCCUUGCAAUUAGCUGAAGGGUUGAGAGUGAAUAUUUACACAGAUUCAAAAUACGCUUUUCUAACCACCCAUGCCCAUGGAGCAUUGUCUAAAUAAAGGGGAUUGUUGAAUUCAGAAGGGAAAGAAAUCCAGUAUGCAGCAGAAAUACUCCAUCUGUUAGAGGCGGUAUGGGAACCAAAGGAAGUCAGUAUUAUACAUUGCAGGGCACAUCUGAAAGGUGAUAGUGAUGUAGUAAAAGGAAAUUGCAUGGCCGAUAGUGCAGCAAAACAUGCCGCUGAAUCCGGGCAAGAGGAAUAUGUGGGAUAUGUUGCUGCCCUUGUGCCGGCACCUCUGUCUCAAUGGACUCCGAUAUAUACAACCCAAGAGAUGGAGUGGUUGAAGAUUGAAGCUGGGAAAUACUUGGAUAAUAAUUGGUAUCAGUUAGAAGAUGGAAGAAUAGUUAUUCCGACAUCUCUGGCUAUAGAGAUUGUUCAGAACUUCCAUAAUGGUACACAUUCAGGAAGAGAUAGUAUGGAAGAAUCUCUCAGGAAACAUUUCUACAUACCAAGAUUAUCCAAUCUUACUCAAGCUAUUGUUCGAAGAUGUGUUUUGUGUGCCCGAAACAAGGCAAGACAAGGCCCCGUCA